AUGGUCAAAGCGAAGAAGUUGUUACUCAAGCACGUCAAUGUUUUCUCGUCAAACGAAGCUGACAUAGGAAAGACUGGCUUAGUUCAACACAAAAUAAACACAGGACAAGAAUUGCCUAUUCGUCAGCGGCCAAGAAGAUUGCCUGUAGCACGUGAAAAGGAAGUGGAAACCAUGAUUGAGGGAAUGGUGAAGGAUGGUGUUAUUGAACCUUCAUCUAGUCCAUGGUGUUCACCUGUGGUACUGAUAAAGAAGAAGGACGGCAGCAUGUGGUUUUGUGUUGACUACCGCCGCCUGAACGACGUUACAAAGAAGGACAGCUAUCCCUUGCCAAGAAUUGAUGACACGCUGGACAUGCUUACAGGCGUAAAGUGGUUUAGUACGCUGGAUCUGAAAAGUGGCUACUGGCAGGUUGAAAUUGACCCUAAGGACAAGGAGAAAACUGCAUUCUCCACAGGAAAGGGUCUGUGGCAAUUUAAAGUCAUGCCGUUUGGAUUGUGCAAUGCUCCAGCAACGUUUGAAAGGUUGAUGGAGCUUGUACUUACCGGGCUAAUUGGAGAUGCCUGUCUGGUCUAUUUGGAUGACAUCAUCAUCGUAGGCCGUACGUUUGAGGAACACCUUCAAAACCUGGAACGCGUGCUCAUGAAGAUCCAGAGUGCCAACCUCAAGUUGAGUCCGAAGCAGUGCUCACUAUUCAAACGGCAAGUUAGUUUUUUGGGGUAUGUAGUGUCGGAAGAAGGUAUCCGCACAGAUCCAGAGAAAAUUGCUGCUGUCAAGGAGUGGCCGGUCCCAAAAGACAAGACACAGGUUAGAGCAUUUUUGGGUUUGUGCUCUUAUUAUCGGCGAUUUGUGAAGAACUUUGCAGAUAUAGCCAAACCUCUGCACAAGCUAACCGAGGAGAAGCGACAUUUCUGCUGGGAUGAAAGUUGCGAUAUUGCAUUCCAGGAGCUCAAGAACCGUCUGAGCAAAACACCUAUUUUGGGGUACCCUGAUGCGGGCAAGGAAUUCAUAGUUGACACAGACGCAAGUGAUAUAGGACUUGGCGGUGUGUUGUCUCAACGGAAUGGUGAUCAAGAGCUUGUGAUAGCGUACUUCAGCAAGUCGUUGUCAAAGCCGGAAAGGAACUAUUGUGUCACAAGACGGGAAUUGCUUGCUGUGGUAAAGUCCUUGCAGCAUUUUAGCAAAUAUCUUCUAGGGCGGCAAUUCCAUUUACGAACUGACCAUGCUGCACUGAAAUGGCUAUUGCAGUUCAAAAAUCCGGAAGGACAAGUUGCGAGAUGGAUUGAACUACUGCAGGAAUACGACUUUGUGAUCGAACAUCGCAGCGGGAAAUCUCAUGGCAAUGCAGAUGCAUUGUCAAGAAGACCUUGCCCUGAAGAUUGCAAGCAUUGUACUAGGCAAGAGGGUAAAGAAGUGGUAUCUGCGAGGAUAUUCAGGACAGACCAGCUCAGCAAUGAAUGGAAGGACAACCUACAACAUGCACAGCAGGAAGAUUCGGACAUUAAGCCGAUUCUGGAAUGGAUUAAGGCCAGUGCUACUAAGCCCAAGUGGAGCGACGUCUCAGAAAUGAGUUCGACCACGAAAAGCUAUUGGGCCCAAUGGGACAGCUUGCUGAUUCAGGAUGGAGUCCUGUGCCGUAAAUGGGAAAAUGGUCGGGGAGACAGGUGUCAUUUGCAAAUGAUUGUCCCUAAGGCUAAAGUGCCGGAUGUUCUACAGCUGUACCAUAGUGGUUGUUCAGGAGGCCACCUGGGAGUUAAACGAACUCUCCUGAAGAUCCGAGAACGGUUUUACUGGGUCCACUGUCGUGACGAUGUCGAGGACUGGUGCCGCAAAUGUACAAGUUGUGCGGCUGUAAAGGGACCUCAAAUUCGUAGUAGAGGCGCAUUGAAAUUGUACAAUGUUGGUGCACCAUGGGAGAGGAUAGCCAUUGACGUUGCGGGGCCGUUUCCAGAAACUGAAAGUGGUAACAAGUAUUUCAUGGUUGUGAUGUAA